UCGACUCACCAAGGGUAUGAAGGACCCCCCUUGAUUUGCAGCGGAGGUCGAUCUCUGUUGCUACGCCAUUUUGAUCUUCGGUGGAAUCGCACACCUGUUAAAUGUUAGUCUUCAUUCUCGACAGUGAAAAUCAUGAUCGCCUCCGGCCACGUUCUGUCGUUGUCUCCUCCGCCCUUGUGUAUUAACACCCCGGAUACGAGAACCUGUAAUCCGAAUCAGCAGGUAACCUCGGUCAAAGUAAUGAAUUAUCAAGGCGUUGCUGGAUGGGUUUUGCAAACCGAAUAUGAGGUGCUUCCUUUGUCCUGUAUUAUUUAUGAUCUUUCAACGCUGCUUUUUUCUUCUCAUCACAUCGGGAUGUCGAACUAUCCUUUCAGGCAUUCCACAUAUUAUACACGAGAUGAGGACGAAUUCAUUAGCGAGCUUCCCCCAAUGAGUAGCGAGGAAGAUAUUUUGCAAGAGCUUCAAAUUUAUCACCGCCGUCAGGCCUCACCUAAUGUGUACUCGCCACAUGUGCGGCCACGGCGUACGAGAAGAGCGCAUGGGAAUCGCCUUGCGAUGGCUUUCCAGGUGAGGUUUCAUGGUAGGCAUUUUUGGUCUUGCGUUCUGAGUAAAUUCUUCAGAUAAUAAAACGGAAGUUUCAGAACGGCCUCAGGGUAAUAGCUGCCACUGUGAAAGGUACUCGGUAAUGAGUUUUCUAGUCACUUCAUCUUUACCAUUACCGAAACGUUGUUGGCUUCGGUCCCCCGUCAUGGACAUGUGAAAAAAUAUGGACUUAUUACGUUUACCUUUUGGACUUCAAAAAUGCUACUGUAUCUUUACUUUCCAUCACUUUUGCGUAACUUUGGCCUUGUCUUUCCAUUCACAUGAUAUUUGACUUUCCCCAUAAUACCUCAAC